UACUCCGCCCUCCGAAGCUUUUCCGCUUUCAUAUUUACACGUAACUUCACCGAAAAUUAUCUGUAAAAUUAAAUUUAUUCCAUGUAGCAACAAACAAAUGGACGAGAAUCAAUGCUAAAUAUAUACUCUACACCUGUGAACAAUUGUAUCUCGCGUAUACGCAUUUUUCUUUCCACAAUCACGAUAUUUGUUACCCCCUCUGCAAACCACAUUUUCACAUGCAGCAUUGCGAUCUAUCGCGCUGGUCAGCAUAUGACCUCUUUGUGAGGGAAGAACGCCAUAGCAGAUCGCGGCUCACUUUGUACUCGAAUAUUUUAGGAAAUGCCGGUCUCAAAUCUUUUCAUUCAUGUUUCCACUGCCAUUUAGAGCUUUCUAAGGUCAUUGUGGCUACAAUUGGAGACAUUUGGACUCACUUCUGACCACUCAGAAGAGUCUUUGUUUUUCCCUCCAAAAUUCAACAUGCCGCUCCUCAGAAGGCAACCAUUCCACAAACAGAAACCUCCGCCCAAUUUGCGACCUGAUGAAGAGGUUUUCCACUGCAAACUCACAAAUGAAGUAUUCAGGGACUACGAGGAGUUCUUUGAGCGCAUCAUCUUAUGCAACAGCUUGGUGUGGUCAUGCUGCAUCACCGGCCGGUCCGGCCUGACCUACCAGGAGGCCCUGGACAGCGAGGAGAAGGCCAGGAAGAACCUGUCAGCCUUCCCCAAAUACCUCCAGCGGCCCAUUCUCAUCCUGGCCAGUCUCACAUACAGGACCAGGCUCAUCGACCUCAACGAGGAUGUCUUCUCCUUUGCCAAGGACAGAUAUUUCAUUGGGGAAAUAGUAGAUGUUAUGGUUGGAACUGUCAGGAAAAGUUGCCGUAUCUUGAAGGUAGUGUCACCAUUACAGCGAAGCCAAGGCAAUGGUGAUGUCAUUGUGAUAGACAUUGACAGUGACUCUGAUGAUGACCAAAGAGGUCCAUCAGGUGCAGGCUCCCGACUCGGCCCCCUUCCUGACAAAUAUGAGUAUGUUGUCCAGGAACUCAAGCAAACCAAUGUCAUGACAGUACCAGCUUCAGCGAUCAGUCGGAAACGGACUCUUUAUACCAGAGAGAAGAGCAAACUGUUUCUGAAACAUCAUGCAGACUCAAGUUCCGGUGUGUUUAGAGUUAAGGAAAAAGUUGUCAAAAGACUUAAUCUGCAAACAGCCAAGUUUGAAGACUUUUUCUCAGGGCCUCCACCAGUUUUUGAAAAAUCUGAGAUGAAGAAGAAGAUAUCCCCCAAACGCCCUGAGAAUCGCAACAGCACAGGCAACACUAGUCUGACAACCCCACCCAACAAAAAGAGGGGCCGCAAGAAGAAGGAUGACAGAAUGAUGAAGGAAAAGAGAAGCCCCAAAGAGAUGAAGACUCCCGAACAGUUGGCACGGGAGCAGAUGCCGCACCUAACACCGGAGGAGAGGGCCCAGUUGAAGGAGAAGAUGAAGCAGGACAAGAUGGCUGAGAAGAUGGCCAAGAAGGAGGAACUCAGAAAGCGAAUGGAGGAAGAGAGAAUGAAAAAGAGGGAAGAGAAAGCAAAGGAACGUGAAAAGAUGCGAGAAGAAAGGUUGAAGGAAAUUGAGAUUUUGAGGGAAAAGAAUAGGCCAAGAGAUGACAUGGAGUGCGAUGACUUGAAGGUUAUGCCAAACUUCAAACCAGUGCAAACAAGGGUCCCAAUGGAAUUAUUCGGGGAUGCAGUCAUGGUUUUGGAGUUCAUUCAUACUUUCAAGAGUCUGUUUGAUUUUAAGCAAUUCUUCCCUAAGGGGUUUUCUUGGGGAAUGCUGGAGUCUGCACUACUGGACCACGAUGUAGAUGGGCCCAUGUGUGACCUGGUCCAGAUGCUGUUGGUGACUGUCUUCACUCUACAGGAAGAGGAGGCAGAAGAGGUGGAGGAACUCGAUAAGGAAGACCAGGAAAUGACAAUGAAUGAGGAGGCCAUGGAGGAGGAUAUGACAGCCAAUCAGAUGAUCCUAGCUGCCACCAUGACUGCACAGAUACCACAAAUGACACAUGGUAUGCCCCUCAAGAAGAUGUUGUUGGACCAGUUCACUCUGACAGAGAUUCUGCGAAUACACUUGGCUUCAUCUGGAGCCCGUGCGAGCAUGAAGAACGCCAGGUUCCGCUACCAGCAGCGAGGAGGAUACACCUCACUUGAUGAUGCUGGCUUUGAGUUGAAGAUGCAGGAGCCAGCACUGAUCAAGGCUUUAACCAUGCACAGUCUGUUUGAUCUCAUUCCUGGGGAGAAGUUGCGUGUUCUCAACACCCUAGUGCAACAGAUUCUGUCCUACGCUGCUGCCCGGGACAUUGUAGAGGAGAGUUAUGAGAAGCUGCGUCUGAUGAAGUAUGACUUGAAACAACUGCAGUGGGCAGAGCAGAGGAGGGAGAGAGAGGAUGCACAGGCCAAAUAUCGUCAGCGUCAAGAAGAGAAGCAGAGAGAACGAGAGCGAAAGAUUCAGAAGAUUCUUGAGAGAGAACAGCAGCUCAAGGCAGAGGAAUCUGGCAAUGGUGCAGUCAAUGGUGAUGUUAAUGAACCCAAAACUCUCAAGAACAAACUUCUGUUGUUGGAUGAAGACAGAAAUACACCUAGCCCAGACUUAGAUGACGAAAAUCUCACAGAAGAAGAGAAACAAAGGAGGAGGAAGAAAGAAGAAGAUGAGGAAGCGAAGAAGAAAGCAGAUUUUGCCAGGAAGGAAGAGGACAUGGUCAACAAGAUUCUGGAGUUGCAACGGACGAAUGCCUUGUACCCAGUAGGCAGAGAUCGAAUGUAUAGAAGAUACUGGGUGUUCCAUGCCCUACCAGGCUUAUUUGUGGAAGAUAAUGAAGUGAAUGUUGAUCCCGAAGUGUUAGAUCCCUUUUCCACUUACCUUGAAAAACAUACCUCAAUACCUCAUCUUACAUCCAUAGACGAAAAGAAUACAAGUAGUGAUAAGGAGAAUGACUCCAUGAAUACAUCUGUGGAUACAAGUGCAGCUGAGAAUGUUGUCCAGCCAGCUACAGAUCCUAGAGUGAAGGCCUUGAAGAAAGAUGAGGAGGUGAUUGUGAUUAGUGACUCUGACAGCGAAAGUCGAACAGCUUCUAAGGAUGGAGAAAUGGAGGUGGAUGAACCUCCAGUGCUUGAUGAUGAACCUCCACCUGCUCUGGAGAGCCUUGCUGCUCAGCAGAUCUCAAACCGGAAGAAAACCAUGUGGUCCUUUUUAGAUAAUUCUGACCAACUGAAUGAACUUAUGGAUUGUUUAAACUCAAGAGGAUUCAGGGAAAGAGAAUUAAAGCAAUCAUUAUUUGAGAUUAAAAGUACAGUGGUGAAGUCCAUACACCAGUGCCCUAAGGAGGACCUGAGCCUACCUCCUGAUGCUAUGGAAGAGGCCAGAGUCAAGGCUCUGGCUCUUACUCGAGGGAUCUCUGGCAAAAAGGCUGCUCGUGGCACUGUGCAAAAUGAUACUGCACAAGAAGCAAUAGAACUUAAUCUCAGAGACACAUUGUUAGACCUUGAAGACAGGAUCUAUGCAGGAAGUUUAGGAUACAUGAAAAUCAAGGACAGAGCAGCAUGGAGAGAUGCAAUAGAACAAGGCAGCUACUUUGCCCAGAAUGAUGACCCAGUGUUUGCCAGGCAAAAGACAGAGGCACAUGACUACUCAGACUUGGUUUGUAUUGAGGCUGUGGUGCGAGACCUUAGUCGGGCAUUACUGCAGGUGGCGAGAGGCCUGGAGCCUAAGUACCUGGGCGUACCUUUAGGUGAAAGCGAUGAAGCAAAGAAGAAGCGAUUGAAAGCAGAGAAGGAAGCUGCAGAGAAGCGAGCCAAGAGGAAAGACAAGGCAGAGGUUGACAGUGAUGAUGAGGACAAAGAUGAUGUAAAGCAACAAAAGACCACCUAUGAAAGAUGGGAAGAGUCCUUGUUGUCAGUGACCAACCUGUCUCAAGUGUUCCUUUUCCUCUCUACACUGGACAAGAGUAUCAUCUGGUCCAAGUCUGCACUCCAUGCUCGCUGUCGCAUCUGUCGGCGGAAGGGCGAUGGGGAGAAGAUGCUGCUGUGCGAUGGCUGUGAUAGAGGCCAUCACAUGUAUUGUCUGAAACCUCCAGUAGAGAAAGUACCAACAGGUGACUGGUACUGUCCAAACUGUAAACCGAAGGAAGUGAAGCGCAGUCCUAGGAAAGAUCGCAGAAAGACUUUUGAAGAAGAAGAGCAAGAAGUUGAGGAGGAAGAAAAUGAUGAUGAUGAGGAGGAAGAAGAAGAAGACUCUGAUGCAGAGAGUGAGGAAGAGGAGGUGGAAGAAGAGGAAGAGGAUGAGAAUGAGAACCUGUGUGUGAAGUGUAACAAGCCAGGCAUGUUGCUGUGUUGUGACAGCUGCCCUGGCUCAUACCACCUCACCUGUGCAGACCCACCCCUCAAGAAGGUCCCCCGGGGCAAGUGGUUGUGUCAGGUCUGUCUGGGGGUGGACAAGCCUGGUGGCAAGAUAAAGCUUGUGCACAAAAAGAAGAAUUCCAGUAGCAGUAGCAAGAAGACAACUCCAGGCAGAGGCACCCCAAACUCUAGCCGCCCAAGCUCUCGUAGAGGCAGCCCCAGGGACAGCCCUGUCCCCACCAAACCCCGACGCAGCCACCCUGUGUCUGAAGAAAAGCCUAAGAUGCAGAAGAAAACAUCUACCUCACGACUCUCUCAGGAUGCUUAUGCAGAUAUGGAUGGUUCUCCUAAACACUAUGUCAGCAGUUACCGUGGUAACAGUACAGUUCAACAGAUGAAACAUCUGGAAGACAUUGUGCAUGAUCUGGCCAAGAUGGAUGACGCAUGGCCAUUCCUGAAACCAGUCAGCAAGAAAAUGGUUCCAGACUAUUAUGAUGUUAUAGAUAAACCCAUGGAUUUUUCCACCAUACGAAACAGAAUCAACAAGUUUGUCUACAAAAAACCUGCAGACCUCAUAGCUGAUGUUCGACAGAUAUUUUUCAACUGCAUCGAGUACAACAAUAGAAAAACACCAGAGUACAAGUGUGGCGCAGGUCUAAGUAAAUUAUUUGAAUCCAAAAUUCGGGACUUUGAGAUGGAGAAUGAUGAAAGUUCACCACCACCGACCAAAAAGUCUAAGAAGUAGCAAGCACAAGGACAAUGCAUCAUCUCUCUAGGGAGAGCUUUUACUGAGUUAUUUCAAGUGCUGCAUUUGUUAUCUGUAGUUAUUCUGUUGUAGGAAAUAUUGUUCACAUCUAAAUGAUAUAUUUUCAUGACCUGUUCUAAUAAUGAUGGCAUCGAAGACUUUUGUAACUGUUUAUCUUGUACAUAUAUUCCCGUCUCCGCUGAAUGUACAUAAUGGGGCUUGUCCUAAACACGAACCUUUCAAUUUCAUGUUAACUGCAUUCUGGUGAUGCAAAGAUACACUCUUUAUGAUUCCAUGCAUGUUUCAGUUUCUCUGCAUGUUAUGCAGUGGUCCAAGGAUAUUAUGUAUUACGUAUCUUGUCCAUCACCUGAUUGAUCCCAACAGCCGAAGAGCCAGGUUUGAUUCCUUGCAUUGGUACAAUGUGUUAAACCUAUUUCUCGUGUCCCCGUUGUGAUAUUGCUGGAAUAUUGCUAAAAGUUGCGUAAAACCAUACUCACUCACUCUCAUUAUUAUUGCACAAAUACUUUUUGAAAGGAGGUAACUUUCCAGCAUCAGCUCAUUGAUAUCUGUAUUGCAUCGUGAUCCUACUCUUGAGAUUUCUAUCAUAUCAUGGCUUAGUACAUCAUUACAGACCUAGUCAAUGAUUUACUUCUCAAUGAUCUGUACUUGUUUCGUGAAAUGUUGAUUAUGAAUAACAAUUUAACCCAAUCUUUAUCAGAUAUCAGUAUAUCAAAAAUAAGCUUUUAUUUGAAUUGUGUUUUAUGCAAUUUGGACCUGUACUAGAAUAAAAAUUCAUCUCCCUUAACAAACUGCAAACAAUUAGGUAAUUCUGCUGUCUUGAUUUUAUUUGAUUUGGGAAUAUCAAUUUUUAAACAAAAGAGGAAAGGGAACAAGAACAUAAGAUACAGGUAUUUGAUAGGCAUUUAGAAGUUUUAUGGAUAACAACUUCUUUAUCGUUUGGGAUGAUGUUUCUGGUUUUCAUCUUGCCAUGUGUAUAUUAACUCCAAUACGCAUACUCAGUAUUCAGCUGAUGAGGAGACAAGAAUUAGCCCUGAAACAUCAUAACAACAACAACGUUUUAUCGAUAAAACGUUGUAUGUCAUCAUAUUAAAAUAUUGUUGCCAUUGUGUCAUAAACUAUCGCUGUAAUGUCACAAUUUUGUGUGCAACAAUUAAAGAAUGCCUCAAGAUCCAUAACUAGAGUUGAGAUGACGGUUUCAGAUUAAUGACAUGUUGGUCAGCUUAAACAUUUGUCGUUAUGCUACCUAAUAAAUGCUUGAAAUUCUGUCUUUGGUUAAAAUAUUUUUUCUCGUCUUUGUGUAAAUGUCAGUGCAUGUCUCAUUUACUUGUAUAUGUUGUAUUCAUUCCAUUAUUUAGUCAUUUAUUUAUUUGACAUUCACAAACAACACUAUUUGCUAGUAAGUAUGUAACAUAUUUUAAUAGUUAGCAAUAUUUUCAGGUAUGUCACAGUAUUUUUCUAUAUCUCAAGUCAAUCCAUUUAUAGACUGUAACAGAGUUGUAACAAACAAUUUAACUUGAUUCAUAAAUAUACAGUAGAGCGAACUAUAUAGGCAGUGUUUUUACAAAGCAGUACUUACAACUGCUUUGUUCAAGUGUAAGACUGCAGCUAAAGGCUCUGAUUCAAUAGGCAGUCAUCAUUUGGGUCACUUGUAGUGCAGUUAUUCCUGGAUAAUGUACUCCAACAAAUAGACUUGUUCCACCACAGAUACCUAAAGAUACACCUUUGACGUGGGUACUGGGGCUUUGGGUGCUUCUAUAUGUACAUAGAUACGCUAUCCUUAUCUUACGUAUUUGCUCUAACACUGAGGACAUAUCAGGAUUAUAAGGAACUGUUAUGAGAUCAUCAAGGCUUGACUACGCCUGCCCUUUCCUCGUGCAGCUAUUGUUUUAAGUCCUUAUAAAGUGCUGUCACGAGUUCUCUGUACUUAGAGGGGCGGUUGGGUAGCCUAGUGGUAAAGCGUUUGCUCGUCACGCCGAAGACCUGGGUUCCAUUCCCGACAUGGGUACAAUGUGUGAAGCCCAUUUCUGGUGUCCCCUGCGGUGAUAUUGCUGGAAUAUUGCUAAAAGCGGUGUAAAACCAUACUCACUCACACACUCUCUGUACUUAGAACGUAUCAAGAAACUACCAUUGGAACUGAUAAACAACAACUGUUUUCUGUUUAAAUGUAAUCAUUAAAUAUUUUGCAUGUGUUGUAAGUAUGGAAUGUCAGUGUUAGCUUUUCCAAGUGGAGUUUGCACACAUAUGAUGUGUAUGUAUAUUUGAAUUGUAGGUUUGUUUAUACGUAGUCCCAUCUUUAUCAUUGUUCUUGGUUUAUACAUGUGGGUGCAAUGCAAAACUGGGGUAUACAUCAUGAUUCUUAACCGACUGUAAAACAAGUUAAUGUACACUUACUGAAUGUCAAUAAGUCAUGUAUGAACUAUUGCUGGUAUUACAUACAAUGAAACACUUUCCAGAACUUUUCAUAACAAAUUGAAUAAUGUCAGAGGGUUCAAGGGAAACGUUAAUUUUAUUCAUGUAACCAUUUGAUUUUCUAAAUUUGUAAAAAUAAAUAUGAAUGAGAUGGUCUUACUUAAAGUUUUGUGAUCAUGCAUGUUGUAAUGUUACUGCAAGAUUUGGUGCAUUUUGUUUAAAUCUAUCACUAGGAUAUAGAGCAGAGAAAAACAAACCGAUCAAAAGCUGUCUCUUUUACAGUAAUCUAUCGUGUUGUUCUGAAGGUGCAUGGUUCAAGCAGCUCAUCUGCAUUUGUGAUCCAAUAGAUAGAUGAGAAGGUGGUUCUUUGUGUAACACAAGGAGAGCUCCUGGGGGAGUCCGGGUGGGAAUAGAUCCCCUGUAUCUCAAGCUUGUUAGAGGGUGAUGGAUGAUGCGACUGUGACUUGUGCAUGUCACCGGACCAGAUGGUACGGAUUGUUGCUCAUGGUUAUUUUCAUGACAGAGCUGGGAUACUGCGGACUGCAGCUUUUCAAGAACAUUCACCAUUUGCCUACUCAACACGAAGAGUGUUAUCCCAAAAUACAUGAUUUGAAAUGUGAAGACUGAUUUGACUGAUCUAUGUCAAGUUCUUUAUUCUAUUCAUGCAACGUUUCAGUACAGAUGGUAGUACCUUUAACAUGCAAGCACUUCACAUUGAAGAAUAUUGAAGUUAAAAUCCAUGAGUCCAUUCUGUCUUCAUUAAGUACAGCUUCUAAAAUUCCACUUAAAGGUUUGACUUGUGUAAUUUUGUUUUCUUCUUCAUUUUGUUUCUUGCUCGUUCAUUUGUUAUCUCCUGUUGAUAGAUAAAAUUUAUUCACACGGGUCUGGUGGCACACCACAUCAGCAUCUGUCCUUAUGCUAUCAUAUAUUUGUAGAUAGUGGUUAUAAACUGUAGUUUCACGGUCUUGCCUUUAUGUGCCACAGUGUCGUUUACUCCCUGGAGUCAAUACAUUGCACCUUUUAUCUCAGGAUUUAAAGAGAUCUAUUAUCUAUUCUUUGUUGACAAGAUGGUGGAAGGGGUAGGUAAUGGACCCCAUAGCACUAAUGCAUUGUGUACAACUUUGUAGUUUGUUGAUGUUUUAAGUCCUCGAUUCAUUCUUUAUUUCAGGAAUAUAGAGCAUGAUAACAUGAUGUGUUGUCAUGAGAUAAUUAACAUUGUCAUAAAACAAAUACAGAGGACUAGUUACCGGUACUUUGUUUCUUUACGGGGCACUUACUGUGCAUAUCAUAUAAUUUUGGGAGUGUACUGAAGGUAUUUCGUUACCUCCCUUUAUUGGGACUUUGAAAACAUAAUUCUUUAAAUUGAAUAACAUUGAUUAUUAUUGAUCAAGUUUAACAAACUAAGAAGAAUCAGCUAAAAAUCAAUCACUGGAUUGUCUGGUUCAGAUUUGAUUAUUCACAGGCCACCGUCAUAUAGCUGGAAUAUUGCUGAGUGCGGCAUUAAACAACAGACAAAUAUUUAUGGGAAGGUAGGCAUAUAUUUCUGUGCAUUAAUCAAGGAUUUAUGGUGGCAGAAUGGAUUGGACCUCCAUGAUGAAAUGUUUUUUUUCAUCAAGCAUAUUCAUUAACAGUGUUUGAAUUUGAGGGGGGUCCUGAGACUCCUUAAGAUUGGCUGCUAUAAUAUUCGAGUCUAGGAAUGCCCAAAAUGUUUAAUUUUUAACAUUGAGGUUAUGACAAGAACCCCUUUUGAUGUUUAGACUUAAUUUCAACCUUUAAUAAUCAUGUUCAUACAUGAUAUUUUUUGCUUGCAUACAGGGGUAGUGAUUGAAAUAAAUUGGACUCCUUUUUAUUUGUGCUUAUAUAUGCGUUGGUGAAUGCAUUUAAAACUAUCAAUUCCUGUUGUGAGGGUUUUUUUUCCUUUGGGAUCAAUGUUAUACAAACAAAAAAAUACUUUGAGAAAAGCUUGGACACAGUUGUAGGUUUUCCUCGCCCAUUUCAGUUUAAAUAAAUAUUAGUUUCAGGAUACUUAUUGAAAAUAUAUCGUAAUGUUAUGAUGCAAAUUUAUUUAUUAGACUGUUUCCCUCAUCCUGUAGUGUUUGGAGGCUUGGUGGUGUGUGAGACAAGAGCUUGAUGGAUGUGCACGAUGCGGCUAUGGUUUAUGCUGUCAAGUUGACAGGCAUGGGCAUUUUCACUUAAUAAACAUGCCUCUAUUAA